AAAAGGGGAAGAAGUCCCUCCCCGGCGGCGGAGGCGGCCGGGGUAAUCGCGGGGCGGCGGCAGCGCGGGGGCCGCCUCCUGGUCCGCCGCGGUCGGCGCGCCCGUCCCGCCGCCCGCGCCAUGGCAGGAGCUGGAGGCGGCGGCUGCCCCGCGGGCGGCAACGACUUCCAGUGGUGCUUCUCGCAGGUCAAGGGCGCCGUCGACGAGGACGUGGCCGAAGCUGACAUCAUUUCAACUGUUGAAUUUAAUUACUCUGGAGAUCUUCUUGCAACAGGAGACAAGGGCGGCAGAGUUGUUAUUUUUCAGCGGGAACAAGAGAAUAAAAGCCGCCCUCACUCUAGGGGAGAAUAUAAUGUUUACAGUACCUUUCAAAGUCAUGAACCAGAGUUUGACUAUUUGAAAAGUCUAGAAAUUGAGGAAAAAAUUAAUAAAAUUAGGUGGUUACCACAACAGAAUGCUGCUCAUUUUCUGCUCUCUACAAAUGAUAAAACUAUAAAAUUAUGGAAAAUAAGUGAACGGGAUAAAAGAGCAGAAGGUUAUAACUUGAAAGAUGAAGAUGGACGGCUUCGAGAUCCAUUUAGAAUUACAGCACUACGGGUCCCAAUACUGAAGCCCAUGGACCUUAUGGUAGAAGCAAGUCCACGACGGAUUUUUGCAAAUGCUCACACAUAUCAUAUAAAUUCCAUUUCAGUAAAUAGUGAUCAUGAAACAUAUCUUUCUGCAGAUGACCUGAGAAUUAAUCUAUGGCAUUUAGAAAUCACAGAUAGAAGUUUUAACAUUGUGGACAUCAAGCCUGCUAACAUGGAGGAGCUGACAGAGGUCAUCACAGCAGCCGAGUUCCACCCACACCAGUGCAAUGUGCUUGUCUACAGCAGCAGCAAAGGGACCAUCCGCCUAUGUGACAUGCGCUCCUCGGCCCUGUGCGACAGGCACGCUAAGUUUUUUGAAGAACCUGAAGAUCCCAGCAGUAGGUCUUUCUUCUCAGAAAUAAUUUCAUCCAUUUCCGAUGUAAAAUUUAGUCACAGUGGUCGGUACAUGAUGACCAGAGACUACCUGUCGGUGAAGGUGUGGGACCUCAACAUGGAAAGUCGGCCUGUCGAGACCCACCAGGUCCAUGAGUACCUGCGAAGCAAGCUUUGUUCUCUCUAUGAAAACGACUGCAUCUUUGACAAGUUUGAGUGCUGCUGGAAUGGGUCGGACAGUGCCAUUAUGACUGGGUCCUACAACAACUUCUUCAGGAUGUUUGAUAGAAACACACGGAGGGAUGUUACACUGGAAGCGUCAAGAGAGAACAGCAAGCCUCGAGCCAGCUUAAAGCCUCGGAAAGUAUGUACAGGUGGAAAGAGAAAGAAAGACGAGAUCAGUGUGGACAGCCUGGACUUCAAUAAGAAGAUCCUCCACACGGCCUGGCACCCCAUGGAGAACGUUAUUGCUGUAGCUGCCACCAAUAACUUGUAUAUAUUCCAGGACAAAAUCAACUAAGAAGUUAACUUGAGGACUAAGUCUUGUCUUGCAUAGUGAAGCCGGUCAUUUUCUGUCAGAGAAAAGGCAUUGUUGUCCUCUCCAUUAAGAACAGUGACACACCACUUCCCUUCCUGGACACAGGAGAGAAGCGGCCUCGGCUGGAGUCCCAGGGUGGUUCUGCCUUCAGCAAGGUGAGAAGUGGGUGCUGCUGCUCACGCGAGAAACCCACUUGAAGCAGAAUCGACAGACAUGGCUCAGGAAAGGCCAUUACUCUAAAUAAGUGUAUUUAUUUAAGUCUGAGCCUUCCUUUCCAGUUCAUAGACCAAAAAAUUAACAUCCAAGAGAAAAUCUGUCAGGUCUCUCUCCAGUUCUCUCCCUCUUUCUCCGCCAUCAUACUCGGGCCUUCACACGCGUGGGGUGUGGCGACUGUCCACACUCCUCCCCGGCCUUCACCUGAGUCCAGGCGGGCUUCCCGUUGGUGUGUGGAUACAGCCCGAGCAGGCUCAGGCAGCUUUACUCCCCCACUGUACCUACCAUCACCUUCUGGUGUGACCACUUAAUAAAAACAACACACUAUAAAAAGUGUUUUUAAACCCAAGCAUAAGUAUCGUCUUUUUAUUUGCUUUAAUUGCAUAUAGCGAAAUUAUGCAGAAUUAUUCUUUGGAACAAUUUGAAAAAUUUCUGUCCUCCUUUGGCAGAACGGUGGAGUAUGUACAGUACUUCAGUCUCUGAAUUUGCCUGUCCCCAAACUGCCAUAACUUGGUUUUGUUUCUGUAGAAAUAGUCCAUCUGGUAUACCAGGUAAGAUCUGGGAAAAGCCAUAAUUGAGGCCACCUCUGAGAAAAAAAAAAAAACUGCAAGGAGAAGCAACAAAAUUGCUGUUAUUGUAUUAAAAGUAGGCCUCAAAUCCACUACAGUUGAAAACGUGCUUUCUUUUUAAACCUUUUUAGAAAGUACUCUGGCAGGGGAAAUAUACUUUUUAAAUACUACUAAAAUUAUACGCAUGCUAAAUUUCACAUUGCAUUUCAAGCCAGCAAAAUUAAACAAUUAUUAUGUGAUGCCUCCAGUACCUUGGUGGUCUAUUUUGAAAGUAGGAUAUUUGAUGUCAGAAGUCAAGAUUUCCCAAGACAAAAUAUAGAGGUGAACCGAUGCUAAAUGAUUGGAGCUUGCUUCCCUGAGAUUUAACACACGAGCCUGAUCGCAAUAGCUCCAAGGAAUGGAGAGCCAGGGGCCAUGUGCCACUGCUGGAAUUAGGGUGUAUUCUGAUAACUAAUAAUAUAGAUAUGCAAGAACAAAACGUCUGUUAUCACUCUGGAUUAAUGUUAACAGAAUGCCACUUUAGUUUACAUUAAAUUAGAAAUUGAGAAUCUAAAAUACCUUUAUUUUAAUUUAAAAAUAAUUCUUAUGCUGUGUAUUGGUGUUGACACAACUUACAGAGUCUGAGAUGUGGAACCAAGUUGUUUAAACAUUAGUCAAUCCUGGUCCUUAAGAAAAAAAGCAGUUCUAGUAAAAUGGGAUUGUAUAUAUCUGUUCAACUAUUUUGACCAAAAAGUUUAAUAAAUUUUAAAUGUUUAACUGGA